AUGGAUAUGUUGGUCACGGCUGAUCCAGCUAACAUUCAUCAUAUCUUGAGCUCAAAUUUCUCAAACUACAUCAGAGGACCGGACUUUAAAGAAGAUUUUGAUGCGUUCGGAGACGGGGUAAUCACUAUGGACUCAGAGCUUUGGAAGGAUUUGAGAAAGUCAUAUCAGGCAAUGAUCCAUCAUCAAGGGUUUCAAAGGUUUUCAAUGAGUACUACGGCUAGUAAACUCAAGGAGGGGCUUGUUCCUUUUCUUGAUCAUUUUGCAGAAGAAGGCACAAGUGUGUUAAUGAACGUUUAUGGUUCUGUGAAGAUGGGUAAUGAUGCAGUGGCCAAGGUUGUUGGCAUUGGUGAUAUUUGCUUGGAGACUAGUGUUGGUACUAGAGUUUUACUUAAGGGAGUUAAGCAUGUCCCACAUAUUCGGUUGAACUUGAUCUUUACAGGGAAACUUGAUGAUGAGGGUUUCUAUAGUCUAUUUGGAGGAGGUAAAUGGAAAUUCACAAGAGGUUCCAUUGUUAUGGCUCGAGGUGAUAAACAUUCGUCUUUCUAUUGGAUGCAGUCGAAGGUAUCCAUAUACAUUGUUAAUGCUGCGGAGAAUGUUGAUGUCUUAGAGUUGUGA